AGGGUGGCAUCCUCUGGUGUGCAGAUGCACAGCAUCUUCUGCUGAUUCGCCACAGGGCCUCGUGGGAGUCACGUGACUGGAUGGCACGAGAUGGGAUCUGGUGGCUCCUCCUUCCCUUUUGCAAGCUCUCCAGUGCCAGCUACCCGGGGCCAGGAGUUUCUGACCGUGUUCCCCCAGAACGACAACAAGUCCCCCAGCACGUACCUGUAGCUACUGCUCACCUCCUAUGGCCCUGCCGACACCCAGGUGUCUGUGACGCUCCGUGGCGGCUCCAUCACCCAGAAUGUCACCCUGAGGCCAGAUGUCACUAUGCCCCUGCUUCUCCCCACUAGCCUGGAACUCACUGGAAGCUGCACUUCCCAUAAAACCUUGGUGGUUCAGGCCAACGCUGACAUCUCCGUGGUGGCUGUCAGCACCAAGGGCUACACGGUGGGUGCCACUGCCCUCCUGCCUAUGGAGAGCCUGGGCACCAGGUACUAUGUGGUGACGCCUGUUGGGAACUACUCUCAUGGCCUGCCCGAGUUUGUGGUGGCUGCUGGUACUGCCACCACUGCUAUCAGCAUCACUACCACUGCCACUUUCCGCUAUGCUGGGGCCACCUACAUCCCUGGCGCCGUGCUCCGCCUGUUCCUGCAGCCCUACCACAGCUUGCAGCUCCAGAGCAGCCAGGACUUCACUGGCACAGUUGUGGUGGCUGACACCCCUGUGGCCGUCCUCAGUGGCCACACCUGUGUCAAGGUGUCUGCUGGCUUUGACUUUGUGGUGGAACAGCUCUUCCCAAUGACAGCGUGGGGGAGUGGCUACAUUGUGCCACCCAACACUCUGCAGUCAGAUGUUGACUUUAUGUUGUGACAGGUGAAGACAACACCAUCACCUACAACACCGGCAGCGAGAAUGCCACUGUGGCCAUGGCGGCAGGGGAGGUGCAGGUGUUUGUGGUGAACCGUAACUCCCACCUGUACAUUAGUGCGGUGGUGGCAGUGCAGGUGGUGGUUUUUUUCAGUGGGUCAUCUUCGCAAGAUCCCUUCCUCCUUGUUGUCCCACCUGUCACUGCCCACUGCACUGCGUUCCGCUUCAGCAGCGUGCCCAACCAGUAUAACCAUGCCAUCCUCAUUGCACCCACCAGUGCCACUGCCACCACCACCCUCAACCAUCGUCCAGACAACACCAUGGCGUGGCAGGCCAUUCCUGGCACAGAUUUCUCCUGGGGCAGCAUCACCGUGAGUGCAUCAAUGCGGAGCACUGAGAACUCACAGGUGCCCAUUGGGCUCCUGGUGUUUGGGUUGCAGAGUCACACUGGAUAUGGUUUCCCCGGGCUCUGUGCCAACACCCCUACACCACUCUCCUGUGAGGAUUUGGUGUGUGAGGAGAGGUGCGAAAUGGUGGAUGGACAACCAGAGUGUGUCCAGGAGACUUUCUCCACCUGUUGGCUCACUGGUGGGCCACACUACCGCAGUUUUGAUGGAAAAUCUUUGAUUUCGUGGGAACGUGUGCCUACACUUUGACCACUAUCUGCAGUCCUGAUCCCACUCUUCCUUCCUUCUCUGUUGAGGUCAAAAAGAAGGAAAAGGAGAACUCCAAAGUUUCCUCUAUCAGCUCCAUCACCAUCCAUGUUGACAACAUCACUGUCACUGCUGUCCAAUCAGAGAAUGGGAUGGUGAGGGUCCUCUACAACUGGGAUGAUCAUGUAGUGAUCAAACUCCCAGCUGCUUUUUCUGGAAAAGUCUGCGGAAUGUGUGGGAACAACAACGGGGACCCCCAAGAUGAUGCUGUCUCUCCUGAUGGAAAGCAGGUGUGGGAUAUUGUGGAGCUGGGGCGGAGCUGGAAGGUGACCAGCGAGUGUUGCUACUGCCAGGAUGUUGUGAUGGUGACUGUGGGCGCUGCAGAUGGGAUCAGGUCAUGACAUUCAAGGCAGAGAUCUGGUGUGGGAAGUUGUCCCAAUAUUCUGGGCCAUUCUGGUUGUGUCAUGACACUCUCAGUUCCAAUAUCUACAUGGAGAACUGUAUCUAUGACCUGUGUGCCAAUGAGGGGCGUCACGACGUGCUGUGCCAUGCCCUCCAGAUUUAUGCCGAUGACUGCCAAGAGGAAGGGAUCAACAUUUCAGAUUGGAGGACAGCAGUGGGAUGUCCUGUGCUUGCAAUGGGAAAAGAAGAAAUUAGUAAAUAGCUCCAAAGAAACACAAACAAUUGCAACCAGAAACUUAUUCCAAGUCAUGAAGAGAGGAAAUUGGAGUCCUCCCAGAAGUCAUUUGUAUUCUUAUUGAUAGGAAGGUCAAGAGUUCAGGGGCAAUCUACAAGUGACAUCAGGUGAAAGCUCCAGAAGAUGUGAGGCCCAGCAAGUCGGGACUUAGAGACUUUACUGGACGAGGCAUGGAGAGUUUUCAGCAAUCAAGAAGAGGGGUGUAAACCAGGGACGAAGAAAUUAGUAGCAGUACUACAGGAAGAGCCAGAAAAUUUUUGCAUUUGAAUGUGAGAAUCCCAAAACUGGACGUAAAACUCAGCUCACGUGGUGUGUACUACCCAAGAGGUUCAGGAGCUCCCCCACCAUAUUUGGAGAACAGCUGGCAAAGGAUUUGGAGUCCUGGGAACUCCCAUAGGAGAAGGACAACUGCUCCAGUAUGUGGAUGACCUCUUAAUAGCCACCCGGACCCAGGAGGCAUGUGUGGAUUGGACGGUAAGCCUCCUAAACUUUUUGGGCCUGCAGGGGUAUCCAGUAUCCCAAAAGAAAGCCCAGAUGGUGAAACAAACAGUUAUAUACCUGAACUAUAAAGUGAGUGCUGGACAAAGGACCUUGGGGCAAGGCCACAAAGAAGCAAUAUGCCAAACCCCAAAACCCUGAGAGUAAGAGAACUGAGAACAUUUCUAGGCAUGAUGGGGUGGUGCAGACUAUAGAUUUAUAACUAUGGAUUGUUCGUUAACCCCUGUAUGCCUUAAUCACGGAAGGGAGCAGGGAUCUUCAGUGGACAACAGAAGCAACACAAGCCUUCGACUAACUAAAGAAGGCUCUUAUGUCAGCUCCAGCCCUGGGACUUCCAGAUGUGAGUAAACAAUUCUUCUGUUUUCUUGCGAAAAACAAGGGAUUGCUCUGGGAGUACUAGCACGAGACUUGGGGCCAUACUGGAGGGCAGUUACCAACCUCUCCAAACAGCUGGAUACGGCAGCCAAGGGGUGGCCAAGGUGCCUCAGAGCUGUUGCAGCAGUGGCAGUGAACAUCCAAGAGGCGUGCAAGUUCACCCUAGGCCAGAAGAUGACCGUGCUAGUAGUCCACACAGUGUCUGCAGUCCUGGAGGCAAAAGGGGGACAUUGGCUUUCCCCACAAAGAUUUCUAAAGUACCAGACCAUACUGGUAGAACAAGAUGAUGUUCAAAUUGUGGUAACUAAAAUUGGGAACCCAGCUUCUUUCCUCAGCAGGAGUAUGGGAGAACCAGUGAUUCACGACUGCCUGGAGACCAUUGAAGCUACCUAAUCCAGUCGCCUGGAUCUGAAGGACACCCCUCUCGAGGAUGCUGAGAGCUGGUUCACUGAUGGAAGCAACUAUAUAAUCAGUGUAAAAAGGCAAACUGGGUAUGUGGUUACCACCAGCAGAGAGGUAAUAGAGUCUGGGCUGUUGCCAACAAACACCUCUACACAAAAAGCUGAAAUAAUUGCCUUAACCCGGGCCUUAGAGCUGACAAAAGGAAAAGAAAUUAACAUUUAUACAGACUCAAGGGGUGGUUCAUGCACACGGAGCCAUUUGGAAAGAAAGAGGACUGCUGAAGAGGACACUUACUAAGGUAGAAGAAUCAACUUAUAACCAGGGGGAGUGGGCUGUAACAAAAGAAAGAAAAAUUGCAGUAACUUCCUACUUGUUGUGGUCAUUAGUGCUAAAAGAACAUGAGAAAACACACUGGGGAAUAGAUGCCCUGUACAAUUAUUUAAAAGAGAAUUCUGGCUAGAAAAUUUCAAGUCACAGUUACACAAGUAACCCGUUGGUGUGGUAUUUGCCUCCGAACUAAUCCUAAAAACUUUCCAAAGCCUUCAAUUAGACAAAUUGGGAAAGGUUGUGGACCUGGGUAGCAAUGGCAUAUUGAUUUUACGGAAUUGGCCAGGAAAGGGGGUAUCGCUGCAUAUUAGUGUUAACAGAUACCUUUUCAGGAUGGCCAGAAGCCUUCCCUACUAGGACAGCUAAGCACAGGAAGUCACAGAGGCAUUGUUAUAAGAAAUAAUACCACGUUUUGGAGUCCCAGCCACUAUCUUCCAAUAGACAGCCACAUUUUAUCUCGAAAAUUGUACAGCAAGUUAGUCACCACCUCAGGAUAGAUCGGGAAUUGCAUACCCCAUAUCACCCUUAAUCCAGUGGCCAAGUGGAGAAGAUGAACUAUUUGAUCAAACAAUAAAUUGUUAGGCUGGGGCAAGAGGCAAAUUUGCCUUGGUCCCAGGCUCUUCCACUGGCAUUAGUACGGAUUAAAACAAAACCAAGAACAAAAGGGAAACUAAGCCCUUUUGAAAUAUUGUAUAGUAGACCAUAUGUAGUCCAAGAAGGAAUAACACCCAUUCAAGUAGAAGAAGAAACUCUACACAAAUACAUGGUGACCCUAAAUAAACAAGUUAGAGAAACUGGAAAAUAUGUGGCUGGGGGCCAAAGCAAAGAAUUAAAUGAACCAAUACAUGAUAUAUAACCUGGGAUUAAGUGUAUGUUAAGUCUUUUGCAGAGAAAACUUUGGAACCACAGUGGGAAGGACUAUUCUAGGUACGCCUCAUCACUUCCAUGGCAGUCAAGAUCAAAGAGCAGAAGACCUGGAUCCAUCACUCCCUAGUGAAGAAGGCUCCUGAAGAAACCUGGAGGAUCACACCAGGUGACAGAGACCUGAAGCUGAAAUUCACCAAGAACAGCAACAAAAAUUGUUGCUGUGACUCUUGCUACACAUUAACUGGAAGAAAAGUAAAAAAGUGAACCUAGAGAAAAGGACACGGGAGACAAGAAACAAGGACAUGAUUCCAUUUAUUGUAGGUGCAGUAGCUGCAGUUGUUGGCUAUGUGGCUCAGAAAGGCGUAGAAAAGAUGUACGAUGCAUAUGGAAGGAGAAAGGAAGAGAAGACCAGAAAAGGCCUAGAAAGUAAGAUAGAUGAGGGGUUCCAGGAGCUCAAGAAAAAGAUGAAAACCUUGCAGGAAUAUUUCAAAAUACUGCAGGUAUCCAGACAACGUGAACGUCAGCUCCUCAGAGCAGAGCUGGAGAAGAACCAAGCUGAGCAGGGCCAUUGCCAAGCAGAUUUUCAUCCAUCUGAAGGCAGAACCUGCUCUACAGGCCAACAAUGCUGUGAACUCAUCCCGCUCAGCUCCUCAGAGGGCAUGGGGAGUGACAGUCCUUCUAUGGGGAACAGCUUCUGGGGUCCAUAGCACAGAAACACCUCCAUGCUGAAGUGUUCUCUGCAGGUGCAGGUGGUCAGAGUCCCUCUUGUGUCCCUCAUCUUUGGAGAGGGUCUGUGCUGGGAGUUCUCUCAUUGUCUGAUACUUGCUAAGGGUUCCCCCUUGAAGUCCUGUACCUGUCUCUCUCCCUUUCCCCAUUGCCCUUUUUUGUGCUUCCCCACUGCUGGUCCCAUGCUGGGGCAUGUGUGAGAUCAGCCUUGUUUGCCUAUUGAUGAUCAGCAGGGAGAGGAGGUUCCCUGAGCAGAGCCUGGCCGUGUCUGUGAGUGCAGAGACCCUCUGUCAGGGACAUUAAUCUAGAGCCUUUGGGUAUCCUUGUGUGAGAUAGCUUGUCUCCCCCUCAAGCAGUAAUCAUUAGUGACCCAGUGGCACUGUUCUUUCUUCACAGGAAAGAAAGAGGAAGACAUUUCAAGGGCCUUGAAAUGAAGGGUGAUUCAGAAAUUCCAGCAGCUCUUCCGAGAAAUUGAAAGUCUAGAAGAGUAUUUGCAGAAAUUGCUGAAGUCAUCACAGGAUGAUUUUCAGCUUCUCAGAGCAGACCAGGAGAAGUAACAAGAUUUUAGAAAUACAGUUCUGUGGCUCUACCCUAUGCUAUAAGGAAGCAUAGGGAAGAUGAUGGAGGACUCCACAGCUGGUGCAGUGUCACACGGCCUCCAGCACCUGGCGGAACAGCUCCCGCGCCACCUCCUCGGACAGGAACCCCUGUGCCCGAAUGAAAUGCUGCAGGUCCUGACACUGCUCCGGGUGCUCCAGCACCAUCACGAUGAUGUUGGGGAACUGAAGCCACUCCAGCAGCUGGACGACACCAGGGAAGCCAGUGGACACCUUGUCCAGCAGCACCAUCUCCAGUGGUGCGCUGGUGCCAUCGGGCUGCGGGAGGACCACGAUGCCGUCAGCAGGGCUGAUGCCAUGCCAGGGGUCGGGAAGCUCUCACCCAGCCCGGGAUGCUCUGAGCCCUCCACUGGCUCCAGGCUGCUCUCCCUCGAGGCGUCCUGGUGGCUUCCACCCUGCUGGGCCUUGGCUCAUCCCCGCCCGGCACGCCCUUGGCUUCUCCCUCUGGCCCUGCUCACUCCCCAGCUCGCCCCAGUGCCGGACGCAGUUCCGUGGCACCCUUUGGAUGGGCACCUGCAAGCAAAGGGCAGCAGCGGGCUGAGCUCGCCACCUGCCCUGCCGAGCCCCGUCCUCCUUCUCCUCCGCCCUCCUCCUCCUCCUGCACCUGCCGCCGGCCCCGCCACUCACCGGGCACUGUCCCAGAGCCGCGUCACCGCCCAGACACUGCCAAAGCUGCCGCGGCCCAGCAGCGAACCCAGCUGGUCCCGCUCCUUCAGGCCCUGCUGCGCCUACCCUGCCGGCGAGACGCGGCUGUCAGUGCUCAGCCCGGGGCCGGGACAGCAAGAGCCAAAGGGAGGCGAUGCCGGCCCAGCCCCAGGCACUGAUGCCCGCCCAGCAGCGCCGCCGCCAGCACGGCCAGGGCUGGAUGGAGAUAUGUCCAGUGAUGCCAGUGGGAAUCAAUUGCACAGAGGACUCAAGAAGCGUCAUGUUUACUGCUGCUGCCAGAUCGAUCCCCAAGCUCCGUCUUGUGGCUGGGGGCCCUGUAAGUGUCCCAAGUGUGGGAAGAGGAGCUCCCAUCUCCUCCUGCACCAGUGGAUUCACACAGAGGAGAGGCCCUUCCACUGCCCUGACUGCGGGAAGGGCUUCAAGCAAAACUCCAACCUCGUCAGGCACCAGAGCAUCCACACUGGGGAGAGGCCCUAUGAGUGUGGGAAUGUGGGAUGAGCUUCAACCAGAACUCCAAUCUGAUCUGUCACCAGAGGAUCCACACAAGGCAACAGCCCUAUGAGUGUCUCCAGUGUGAGAAGAGCUUCACCCAGAGCUCUCACUUGACCAAACACCAAUGGAGGCACCGGUAAGGGAAGCCUGAGAGUGCCCAGGUGUGAGAAGAGCUUCGUGUGCUGCUCCAACCUCAUCCCCCAUCAGAGGACCCACUGCUGGUUG